GAACUUUCUUCUUGGUCAGCAACUAUUUAAAUAUUUUCGAAACUUUUGUUAUUUUAUAUUAUAUAAAUAACUAAAAGUAACUCGAUAACUAGUGCUCGCGAGUUUUAGUUUCGUGCGUAUUUAGCACGUUAUUUUACAUAUCUGUAAACAGUGGAAAAUGGGUUAAAGUUAAAAUUUUGAAAAGUUUCAGAGCCAGAGCCAAUUUUCAUUAAAUAAUAAAAAUGGGACAGUAUUUAUUUCAAACACUUUUUUAUUCGACAAUUUUUAGCCUCCAUUCUUCCGCUUCUGAUAUUUCACCAUCAGAAGUGACAUCAUUUCCCAUUUGUGAAAAAUUAACCUUGUCGGCACGAUUGGACACUGGGUCAACUCCUCAAUCUCCAGAGUUCCUUAUGAAUACACUUCUUGCACGUUUAAUGGCACAUCUGCCAUUGCCAAGUAUAUUAAAAGUCAUCAAGAAUUGUUGAACGACAUUAAAUUAACGGUAAAGAUUAAAGUCUCGAAAAAUUCGGACAAAUUUCUUCCACUCGUAUUCACUAUAAAACAACAACGACAUCAAUAUAAAAUAUUGCGGUUACCGUUCAACUACGAGGAAAUAGUCAACAACAGAUCCAAUCCCGAUGGCCAGACAACGGUUGAAGAGAUAAGUGACUGGUAUUACGAAGCUGGGGGGACAUUGUGCAUCGACCAUGGAAAGAAACAUGGACCCGAGUUUGAUUUUGAACUCCUAAUCACUGUAGAAACACCGGGAGGAACUAUUCGGAGUAUUGAUUUUUCAUUGCUUCUUACAAUUGAAAAAGGGAUAUUUCUCAAGUAUACUAAAAAAAACCUUAUAAAUUUCUCUGGGCUAAAAUAUACAUCACUCUAUUACAUUACUCUAUUCCCAAUGUUGAAUGUGUUUGAAAACCAUUUACAUAUGUAACCAGGUUGACGGAUUCUACAGUAACUGAAAUUCUAUCCCCAACCGUGUCAACAUUUUACCUUUUUGAUUUUGCAAAUAAAAACUAUGACGAGGCCGCGAAUCUGACGGUACUAAUCACUUCGUUGGUGGACAACCCUCCUUGCACAAUGAUUUCUGUGCAGGACCCUUUCUGUCCAGUAUACGACGUGGAGCGGACGAUAAAUUACGAAGGCAAUUCGCAACCAAUGCUAAAACAAGGGGUCAAACACAUCAAUCAAUGGGAAAUGACCGGUAGAGUGGAUUCCUUCAGGGGUGGGUUCGCCAUUGCCAUCGUGGUUCUGAGCGAUGACAAACUUUGCACCUCCGAAGGUGAAGAUGAUGACCAUCAUAACCAUCAAGUUGAAAGGAAAAAUCGGUUGCAGAUUCAAAUUUAUCCUUCCGCUUGGGACAAGACAAAGGAGGGUCAACCCUCCCUUUGGAACCUUCCCUUUGUGAUUGUAUACUUCACAUGCAGUUAUGUGGCCUCACUUUCCAUAUACUUGAUUAUACGGAGUUCUCGGUUAGAAAUAAUUCCAGCAGUCGCUGUGGUAAGGUACCAUGCAGACGAUUAUGAACUUUUGGGAAAAGCUAGAGUCCUUUUACAACCUUUAACGGUGGCCGAGUCAAGAGCAGCCGCCCAAGAACACGACAUAGACCAACAUCGCCAUUACCUACCGGACGCCAUACAUGCUACUUUGCACUACUUCUUUGGCGUGGUCAUAUUCAUAUUUACACGGAUAAUGGCACUAACAACGUCGGCAGACUUGUCAAGCUGCUACUUCAACAAUGUAUGUUCCUACCGGUCCCACCUCUUUCCGGCGUCAUCUCUAUCAAUGAAGUUUUACGAAAUGAACGCCAUCACGUCAAGUUUUGUUUUCACGGUGGCAGGAAUUACUCUGCUGAUUUAUCUCGUUUUAAGAAGACUCGUCUGGCCGAAUAGAACAAUUUUUAUCCAAGCAGCUGUCCCAUUUAUUAAUGAUCCCAACCACCCUCCACGAGCCAUUGAAUGCGGAAUUCCUGACAAGUCCGGGAUUGACACUGCUUUCGCGAUGAUGUUGAUUCUGAAGGGAAUUAUUUCUGCCAUGUAUCACGUUUGUCCUAACUUGAGCAGCUAUCUUCUUGAUGCUCCAUGCACCGAUAUGCUUUAUAUUCUCUCAUGGAUCCGUGUCUGCCAGCUUCGACACCCAACAUACAUGUCCCCAUUUUGGGCCACAAUCAUCGCAGUGGUCAACAAUUUUCUAGAACUAUUUCUCGCUAUGGGAUAUUAUUCACAAAAAGAUACAAUCGAUCACCUAAUUUUCCACUAUGUAAAAUUGGUCCUACUAGAGCUGGCCUUUACCUUGCACGCAUUCUACUUUUACUACCUCGGGUAUUAUCAAGAGCUGAAAGAUGAUGAUGACGAUGCUCAACAUUUUGAAGCGGUGACAUCUCUGACCAAGAUGUUCUCAAUUUUUUGGAGACGAUUCACAUGGGACCAACUGAUACGACCAGAUCGCUCAAUUUCUUUAUUUGUGAUUAUUUUACAAUGGUUUUUGAACACACUCGUGAUAAUUCCUCCAAUAUUUUUUGGGUGGCCGAUUCGCGAUCUGCAUUCCGAACAAGUCUUGUUACUGGUUGAGUUUAACAUAAUCUUCGUCAUCGUGGUCCACUUUAUUUGCAAGGUCGCUGAAGAACGCCGCUUCUCGAUAAAGGAUGUUGUCAGUUGGAUUUGCUUCGCAGUUUACUUGGCCGCAUUUACCAUGCGAGAAUAUCUCUCCGAACUUCCCUCCACAUUCGAAUGACAUCUUACGCAGGCAGAAUCCGCGGAUUUGAAUCAACCCUGCCUCUGGGGACCUUGGGAUAAACAUGACUUUCAUCAUUUCUUGAGUUCGUCCAGUUUCCUGUUUUUGUAUCUGACUAUGGUGACAAUGAAUGAUUCGUGUGUAAGGAUUCCUUCCGUGGAUAUCAAAAUUUUUUGAGGGGUUACAAAUUUUCUAUGUGAAUAAAGCACACGUGUGAUAUAAAUAGUUGCAAAUAUGUUGAAAUAAAUUUCAUAAGGGAAUAAAAC